CACAAGGCACACAGGGGUGUUUCAUUGAGAAGUGGAGGUAGCCUACGUUCUUAUUGCACAUUUUCCAUUUAGCGGACCUGAGAAGAUAACCUGUAAGUGAUGUUUGGUGCUGCUGUGCCGACACACACAGUCUCUUUGUUGAUUUUUACUGGGGGAAUUUAUUGAACAGUUUUACUUACUCAUUGACUCUGUAAAAGAGGAGGGAACCAUGAACAGUCCGGUGGAAACAGAGGACGACCAAUACAGUCCAAUACAUCUCACUGGGCUCGGAAUAUGUUGCCCCCUCAGUCCCAAACAGCACCACAAUGGGCCUGGUCUGGAGAGCCCACAGCAGUACACCAAAUGGCUCCCCAGCCGCCACGAGGCCAGCCUGCUGCCCAUGAGAGAGGACCUGGCUCUCUGGCUCAACAUGUUUCUGGACUCUGAGGUCACGGCUGACAGCCUGAUGGACAGGCUGGAUAAUGGGGUUCUGCUGUGCCAGCUGGCCGAGGAGCUACAGGAGAGGAUGAUCCAAGCCAGCAAUGGCAAGACCUUCAUCCGUAGGGUGAUUCAUUGGCGAGCUGAUGCUACUUCUGGCUCUUUCUUUGCCCGGGACAACACUGCCAACUUCCUCUACUGGUGUCGGAAGAUUGGUGUGGAUGAGACCUACCUGUUUGAGUCUGAAGGUUUGGUGCUCCACAAACAACCUUGGGAGGUGUGUCUCUGUCUUAUGGAGCUGGGAAGGAUUUCAGCCAGGUAUGGUGUGGAGCCCCCAGGGUUGGUGAAGCUGGAGAGAGAGAUAGAGAGGGAGGAGGGAGGGUCUCUCACCCCAUCGUCACCUCUGGCCUUCCCCUUCCCCUCACCCACAACUCUUCCCUUGAUCUUACCGCUGCUCCGUGUUCCUACACCCCCUGCUUCUGUAUCCCCACCUCCCAGUGCAAGCCCACCCCCUUCUCAAGCCCCAGUAGACCCUACUCCUCCAACUUCCAUCUCAUCCUUGUCAACCACCACUAGCACAACUUCCACUCAAACCUCAUCUGUUACCACUGUCACAACCUCCACUCAGACCCCUCCCACAACACCAACCACAGAUCCUAUCUCAGCCCUGAGCCUUACAGAGACCCCUGUCUCCCCCUCUCCACCUCCUCCUUCACAUCCUCCACCACUGCCGUCACCUCCAUCACAACCAUUACCCUCUCCCUCACCUAAGCCCAAGGCGCAUCGUCCAAGCAAAUCAUCUGCUAAGAAGACGCCAAGCACAUGCAACAUGUUGGAUGACAUAGUGAGAAACAUUAUCGAGGACUCGCCAUGCAGCUGCCCCACUAAGUUCCCUGUGGAGAAGCAUCCUAAAGGAUGCUACCGUGUCGGGGAGAAGGUCCUCUACGUACGAAUGCUGAAUGAACGUCAUGUGAUGGUGCGCAUCGGGGGAGGCUGGGAGACCUUGGGAUGUUACCUGCUGAAGCAUGACCCCUGCCAGAGUCCACCGGUCACCCCGGUUAGGACCUGUCGGGCCAAAGGAAAGUCCCCCAACAUGAAGGACUUCUCACCACUGUCACCAGACAGCUAUAUGGUGGUGGGGGCACACUACCAUGCCAAGAAAUAAAACAUGAAUCUGUUCAACCAUAACAGAUAACUGACACCACAACCUAGCAAUGAAGCUUCCUGGUUAUUCUGAGCAUAUCAAGGUUUUUUCUGGAGAUGUAUAGGUUGGGUUUAGUGGCUCACAUGUAUGUAGAAAGGUAUAUUUUAUCAUCUAAAGGAUUUCAACAAAAUAUGGUGUUAUUUUUAAGGUUAGUUUGAAAAAGUGAUCUGUAAAAAUCUAUCCUGUAGUCUUUAAAAGAGUUGAUCCAGAAUGGCUAGUAUAGCUGAGGGGUAAUGGUGUUUAUAGUUGUAUUUUAAUAUAUUGGAUGAGGGCUCAUCUCAAGACUGUCCAGUCAUUUCUCUAUAAGAAUUGCUUUAUUGUACUAUAAGAUAUUUUUGAUAGUACCCUGAGAGAAGACGAUAUAGGGAUCAUUUAUUAAAUGUUUAUUUUUCAGUAUUUUCAGUAUAUUUUGGAAUGUACUCUGAUUGAAUAUCAAGUAAUGACAUCACAUUUUUACCUUUUUUCAUGCCCAUGCAAACUAUGAAUUUAUCUGUAGUCAGUUGUUUGAUGGUUAGCUACUACCCUGCAGCCUUGACUCUUCCUCAGUUGCUAGAAUAAACAUGACUGAGGACACAGCCAGAAAAUACUCAACUCUCCUCUAGGUGGCAUCGUGUCAUAAGAAAUAGAUGAUACAAGCAACACCUAGCCCAGGGUUUCUUAGCAUCUAUGGCUGCAUUUAGACAUGCAGCAUAAUUAUGAUAUUGUUUUGACCAAUCAGAUCAGCCCUAAAAAUGAUCUAAUAUUGGUGGGGGAAAAAUAUCAGAAUUGGGCUGCCUGUCUAAAUGCAGCCUAAUAUUAUUACAGGGAAUUCAUCCACUGAGGUCCACUUAAAGUAAGUCUAACAUUUGGACUAAAUCAGUGUCAGCUGACUAACUGACAGAUGUCAGCAACAUCCAUGUGAUUGUUUUUAAAACCUCAUCAAUGCUGUAUUAGUUUGGAGAAUGAAUAUGUGCUACAUACUGAUGAAAGACAAACUGAGAUGAUGGUUGUUUUUUUUUAAUUGUCAAAUCAUGGCAUUCGUGUAAUUCCUCUGAAAAAUGUGCCACAUGUCCAACCAAAACUUUACUGCAGUGGUUGCAAGAACCAUAAUAGCCUAUUUGAUUAUACUCUCCAUGAGUGGGAAAUAGUGUAGAUGUAAACCCAGAUGGGCAGUACACAGGAAGAUGUUUACCUAAGCUCAGUGUUUUUCUGUUGUGACAUAGACAUCUAGAAUACAUGAAAUAUACAGACACAGUUGACUUCAGAAUAGUAUGUUAAUUACAUUUUAUUUCAGUAAAAUAAAUUAGAUAAAAAAAUGGACAAGUUUGAAUACAUUAAAAGAAAUGAACCAUAAUGAUCUCAUGCAAGACUAUAAUGUCUUUUAAUCGUCUUUCUCCAUCCUCGUGGAUUGAACCAGUAUAAAUGACUUGUAGAAAAUCAUAGCAGUGCUACUUAAAGAGGUGCCACUUGAAAUUGUGGCAUUUGUACACAGUGUCCCACAUUGCUCACACUGAACACUUUCCAGUUCCUCAUGAAACAAGAGAAGUCCCACUAAGAGAACUAUUUUGCUGUCACUUUUGCAUACAAGUUGUAUAUUGUGCUUACCCCUUCUCUCAUUCUUUUAUAUGUGGCCAUUUUACUACUUUUUCAGCAUUCUUGGUACGCUACCAAGAUAUUUCUCUAUCAACCGGUUUAGCAACAGAACCUUUAUCAUUUUUCAAACAACACAAUUGCAAUAAAUGUAUUGUUUAUUGUAGCAAUUAUCCAUGCAUUCAAUACCAUUGGCCAAUUUAGAGAUCUAAGGGACAAAACCUGUACAUGUGUGUUGAUAUAAACUGGAGGAGAAGACUGUGGAUGAGCUCAGAAUGGCAGCAGAACACCACCAAUAUCCACAACUCUUUUACAAGUCUGAGGUGGUGCUACAUGUAGUAACAAUGUUGGGAUGUUUCACUUUGUAGUCACUUUGAGGCAAUGUUUUUAUCUACAGUCAAAUACUAAUUCACUGGAAAGGUUAUAGCUCAUCACCUCACCUCAUAACACUGCUGGAAAAGUGUCACAAUGAGUGCCUUUUUACAUAUAGGUAACAAAACAGUGUUACUUGAGUACCCUGUACUCACAAAAUACAUCAAUUCCAUCUUACCUGUAAUUCCAUCUUAAUUCAUGUGCAGUGCUAGCCUCCGAAGCCUGCCUGAACACAGACCUGCCACAAACAAACUCCCAACAUGGCCUGAGUUUCCUCCCAGAACCUUUAUGUAAUACACACGUGUGCUUGUAUAAUUAUUACACCUCUCAAGUCUUGCGAGAACUGUGCACUUACAGAGUACAUUAAUCAAAUGUUACCCAAAUGAGGGCCUUUUGACCUCUCCUUGUCUCUACGAAUUGCAAACAGGACUCUGCAAAGGGCCAGUAAGACUGCCUGUUGCCUGGGGCAAAAGUGGCACUGAAAUGAAGAAAUGGUGAGCUCCCUCAAUUCAUUCAGGAAAGUGGUCGACUCAAUAGAGAUCCACACUGAAGUGACGCAGAUGAUGCUUUAACAGGACAUCAUGUUGUCUGCUUACAAGAUGCCACAUUAUUGGUCUUGUCUCCAAGAGACCUAAGCUGAUUCCUAGUUUCCCCUACUGAGGAAGAAUACAAAGAACAGCUAUGUGCAAGAGCAGACACCCCUGCCUCAAACGUGAGGAGAGAAGGAUUGGUAGACAGGAAAAAACAACAUACCAGUGGUAUUACUGAUGUAAACAUGAUAUUAAGUAUGACUUUUUACAGCCCUACUGCUCUCUCAAUGUAAAUCUCAACAUUACCCAUUUUCACUUACAGAAGAUUAUUAACAGAAAUGUUGUGUUGAAUAAGACAUGGAUUCAAUGAUAAACUUUAACAGAAGCUUUGGGAAUCUAUGCUGUGCAAAUACCUGCAUUUUGCAGCAAUUCACACAAACCAAAUCACUUAAUGCAUUGAUACUUGCUACAAACAAUGUGUUGUGCUAUGUGAAGGUUUUUGUGUAAGAAUACAUUAAAUGCAAGUCCAACACUGGUGUCUGCAGUUCAAUUCCUGCCAAAUCCAAGACGGCAGGUAUUGUCACUUAUAACUGUAAAUGACUGUCUGUCAUUGUUUCUAAGUUUGAAUGUGUUACUAGAAGGU